CCGUUAGUGUACUAUCAGGGCAAAGCUCAGGGCAAUCGGUUCUAUAAACGAAAAUUCCAAUCCAUGCCCGCCACCACGUAUGAUUGAUCGGUGUUCAAACUGCUAUCUCCCUCCAACAUUGUCCGAUAGAAAAUCGACCACAGCAUUCUCGGGUUCUGUUUUCGAAGAAACACGACAAUAUCACAAUACUGUUCCUCUCCUCCUCUUCUGCUUUCGAACUGCGCUGCACCAUGAUACCCUUGGUUCCCAGAAAGCCGGUAGGUCGCCGAAAUAGCAAAGGUGUUCUCCCCACGUCCACCGCACAGCCUAGCGCCGAAGUUGUUUCUCGGCGGCGAGGAAAAGGGAAGGGAAGGAAAGCCGACAAGGAGACAUGGAGACGCUAUGGAAUCAAUCGGCGGAGGCAACUUCUCGAGCAAGAUGCGGCUGAUGGUGGGAACUGCUUCGAACUGAACUAUAAUUGCCGUGUUCAAGGCUAUUUUGCCCUUGCGGAAAAGAUUAUCAGCAAGUUUAAUGAUGCGUUUGCCAAUGGCACUGAGAUUGAAGCCACCUACGUUAUGGGCAAUCGGUUGUGUCACUUUCUCACGGAAGCGCUUCCGCGACACCCUACCUACAUGAAGAAAGAUCCAUUGAUAUCGAGGCUUCGCGAAAAGAGUUUCCAGUCUCUUGUGGGUAUCAAAAAGAAGAUUGAAGCACUCGCACUACGCAUCGACGAGGAGCAACUUAACCAAUUCAUUAUGAACGAUUUUGACCCAUUUGCCGACGACGACGAUUCCACGGCAUCCUCUGCUGGUGAGGCCGACAACUUUUCUUCGGGAGGAAUCGCUCGUAAGGAAGAACCCCAAUGGGAGGAUUUUGAUGGGUGGUCCUUUGAUCUACCCGACAAGAUGACUCAGGUUGAGAAAAACCCAGAAGCUGUGGAGUUUGCUCAAGACGUUUCGUUGCUUGUCAGCAAAGACGUGGACGAGUCUGGUGAAACGGAAGACACAUCCAACGAAACCUUUUCCUCUUCGGAGCCUUCCUUUGAAGCCCACGAUGAACACGAACCAAUUUAUGACAGCUACGGUGCUGACUUUUUGAAGCAUAUUGCAAGCCAGGAUGUCAGAUACGAGACUGAUUCGGAAGCAGCGGAUAGCUGGGCACAAGAAGCUGAGGCGGAUAUGGAAAUGUACUCGUCCUUUAGUCUUGGCGAUACCUGCGAUCCAGCCAGAAUUGCUUUGAGAGAGUUGAUGAUCAACAAGAGACUUCGUCCCGAUAGUCCUGCUGCUGCCAAGGGACCCCUGCCGUUUGAAGAUGAAUAUCCCGAGUACCAGGAGAAUCAAAGCCUGAGCUUUGAUUUGUCACCGGACAACUCGUUUGAUGGCGACGACGAACAAGAAGACAUUUGGAUUGCCUUUGAUCCGACAAAAAGCCUAGCGAAGACCCCAGCAGAGUUGGAACGUGUAUCUUUGUAGCGGUGGUUUCUUUGGAAUGGUCUGGUUGAGCAAUCGUGUUGACGUUUCUCCUAUGCAUGAAUCUUAUUGUCUCCAUACUGCAUAUCAUUUUCUACCGUAUACGGAACAGAGAAGAGUCUUCAAGUUAUCGAUAGCUCCCUUAUUACAAUACUACUAGAGUUAAAUCACUAGAACAAGUUGUUAACUU